AUGCCACGUGGCAGAUACGUGAUAAAAUUGGCCUGCCACCACCAAUCACAACACGCCACGUGGAAACAUGGAGCGCUCUAUAGGAUCUGCUCUGAGCACUUUUCUCGUGGUGGGGGCGGCAAAAACCCUCUCAGCGCCUCCUCUACCUCCUCCUCUUCCUCCCCCCCUCCUCACCCCCCCGCACCCCCCUCUCCACCCCUCUCAACACCCCCCCCUCCUCUCCCCUCCCCGGCCAUCUCCCCUUCAGCCCCUACGUCUCCUUGCAUAGUUCCAUUCAAAGGUGGCGUGAGCUGUCCACGUGGCGCAAUGCCAUUAGCUGCUGCUAGGACCGCCACGUCACCGUCCACCGAGCCAGGUGGGGAAGGAGUGAUCCGACCAACAAUGGGUGUGGUUCGGCCAACGGGGGGAGAGAGGAUAUGCACCGAGCCUGGAGUGGCACGGUUGGGGGCUGGCAUGGGAAAAAGAGGUGGGGGGAAGGGAGUACGGCCGGUGGGGGGUGCGGUGGUAGCGGCCCCGUCGCAGCCCUUCGAGGCCCCUCUCGGCCCCUUUGCGGCCUCGUCGCCGCCCCUAACGGCCUCGUCGCCGCCCUUAUCGGCCCCGUCGCUGCUCCUAGCGGCCCCGGUCGCCGCCCCUAUUGGCCCCGUCGCCGCCCCUAGCGGCCCCGUCGCCGCCCUUCACGGCCCCCCCCUUCAGCUGCCAAGCAGCCGAACCACCAAGCCGCCGAGCCGCCCAGCCGCCCAGCCGCCCAGCAGCCGAGCCGCCCAGCACCCGAGCCGCCCAGCAGCCGAGCCGCCCAGCAGCCGAGCCGACCAGCAGCCGAGCCGCCCAACAGUCGAGCCGCCCAGCAGCCGAGCCGCCCAGCAGGCGAGCCGCCCAGCUGCCGAGCUGCUGAGCCGCCGUCAAGCCGCUACUGUUCCUACUGGCGCGCACCGGCCCUUCCCGCCCGGACUUCUCUUCCUACAAUGCGAUAGGGCAGACGGACUCUCCCUGUUUGAUCUCACCUCUGGUGCCUCUCCUGCCCCGCCUACUACUGCUGACAGCACUGUUCGCUCACAGUGGGCCACGCGCGAUGCUGCUGCCCGUCUUGCUGUGCGUCGCCACUUACCGACCGCUGAGCGUGUGCACUUUAGUCAGUACAAGAGUGCUAAGACCUUGUACGGCGCUGUAGUUGCACGCUACUCUUCCCCUGCCACUACUGCUCUUAUCCGCCUCAUGCUGCCGUACCUGUUCCCUGACCUUGCUGCCUUUCCCACAGUCGCUGACCUCAUUACGCACCUUCGCACUAGUGACACUCGCUACCGCGCUGCGCUUCCUCCUGAGUUCUAUGCCAAGAACCCUCCCCCCAUGUACAUCACCCUCUACUACAUAGUCACGCGGCUCCUUGACUCCCUUCGCUUAGUCAGGGACCACUUCCUCUCAGUUUGCCCCACCACACUCACCGUUGACCUCCUCAAGGAGCGCCUCCUAGCAGCAGAGAAGAGCAUAGUCGCUGUAGGAGCCUCUCGUGGUGACCCUUGUACCCCCGUCUUUGAGGGGUGUUCCCCCUCCCCCCUCUUGCCCUCUGUUGCUUCUGCUGCUGCGGCCGACCUCGUUGGUUUCGAGUCGGUCGACGCUGCGUCUGCCCCUAGCGGGAGACGCCGCACAGACAAGGGCAAGGGGGGCAAGGGCGCUGGAGGGGCUGGCGGGGGCGGUGGAGGUGGCGGUGGAGGCCGUGGAGGGGGUGGGGGUGGAGGUGGGAGUGGUGGCGGGGGUGGAGGUGUCGGUGGCAGCAGUGGAGGCCGAGGAGGCGGCGCUGGUGGCGGUGGGAGCGGAGGCGGCGGAGGCGGCGGCGGUGGUGGAACUGUUCGCCGCUCUGCACAGAGGAGUGGCUCCGGUGGUGGUCAGCGCCAGCAGCAGCAGCGCACUCGUGAGACCCCGUCCCCCCAGCAGAAUCGUGAGUGGUACGCUGCACGUCAGCGAGGAGGGGGUACUGGUCCCUGUACCUACGUCCUCCGUACCGGCGACCACACUGGUGAGCAGUGCGGGGGCUCGCACUCCACCCAGCGAUGCUUCGGCCGCCUGACAGACGCUUGGCGUCACCAGUUCCCUGACGCCACUGAGAUCCCUCGCUGGGGAGAGCUGUCUAGGGCGGGGGUCGCUAUCUUUGAUCUUGACUAUGAUGCUAUACUUGCUGCCAUGUAUGUUGUGUCUACUAGUGAUGAGGGUGACUGUUACCUGUGUGUUCCGCCUGACCCGGGCAUUGAGGCUGCUGCUCUAGGUGCUGGUGAGGCUGCUGCUCUAGGUGCUAGUGCGUCUGCUGCCCCAUGUGCUGGUGAGUCUGCUCUCUCAGGUCUCUACCUCCCCUCGUUCUCUACGAACCUGGUGAGUGGUGCUGUCCUACAGGAUGGAGGGGUUGACCAGUGA